AUGAGAGGAUCCGCACUACUUGAUUUGAUUGUGUUCCUUCUCGUAUCUCCAUUGGCUCACAGUUUCAAGGGAUCUGAAAUCUCCAAGUUUUCAGAGAAAUCUAUCUCCAAUCAAAUCUCCCAUCCCGCUCGAGAAUCAAGCCAUGUGUUGCUUUCUACAGUAGAGGGAACGAUAUCAUUGGUAAAUAUUACCUCACAAAAGGUGGACUGGACAUUCCACACCAAUGAGCCGAUUUAUUCAUCCUACAAGGCUCCUCAUUAUCACUACACCAACGAUGAUGCUCCGGUGCUUGGUGAUGACUUUUACAUGGACUGCGAUAAGGAUUGGCGUCUAUACAAUUCCUCUAUGCGUAAAGGAAAACGCAUAAAUGAGAUCGUGGAUGCUUUAGAGUUCAUUGGAAGAUUGCCGUUCUCAAUGACGGAUAGGAUCGUUUUAGGUAAAAAAGACACGUCUGUGUUUCUCUUGGAUUGGAAGACUGGGAAAUUGGUUAAGAGGUACAGAGUGGACGACCUCUACACUGAUUCAUUCGUUCAAGAUGAUAAAGAAAAGGCCAUUGUUUUGUCUAAAGAAGCUCCGAUACUCCUUGGAUCCGGUUUCAAAGAAUCAGAGGAUCUUCCUGACCUGGUCUCCAUUGAGAGGAAAGAUUAUAAAGUCCAAUGCAUAUCAAAGUUCGGAGAUGUUUUGUGGAGUGUUUCUUAUUCUGAGAUGGAUGCUAAACUACAACACCAUGAGAGUGUACAACUCAUCGGUACUAUUACAGCUUCUCAAGGAGAGAACAGUUUCAAGUUGCCCUCUACGAGAAGUGUUCCUGUGAUUCGGUUACGUAAUUACUUUGAGAAACUGUUUCCAAGGCUUGGUUUUCUAGAUGGAGCGUUGUACCUUCCGAUUCAAGAUAGGAAGCUGAAUCAGUUGGCUCCUGGAAAUGGAAUUCCUUUGGCACUUCCGAGCAAUAGAGAGUCUCAAGAAGUCCUCUCACUUCCUCUGCCUGAGACGGUGAUAUCUCAGAUCACUGAGAUUAUUGACGGAAGCACUACGCAGACGGGCUUUGCUAGCAAGUUUUCUGAUUUGGUUGUCGUGCUAUUCGGCAUUUUUGUUAGUAUACUCUCUGUUUGUGGCCUUCUCUUUCGCCGAUUAAGACAGAGCUGGCGGAUUAAGGAAUCUGAAGUGCCUGUAGUGGUAUCUAAGAAGAAGAAGUCCAAGAAAAAUGGGACUAUAAAGGUGGCUCAGAAGAAGGAGAACGGGUUUGCAUCUGGAGGGAAUAAAGAGAACGAGAAGAAGCUACUUGCGACCCUCUCUGGUAUUGGUAAUAGUUCAAUAGAAGGAUACAGAGUUGGUAAACUGUUUGUCUCCAACAAGGAGAUUGCUAAAGGGAGCAAUGGAACUGUUGUCCUUGAAGGAUCCUAUGAAGGUCGUCUUGUAGCGGUCAAGCGUCUAGUGCAAACACAUCAUGAUGUGGCUCAGAAGGAGAUUUUGAAUCUCAUGGCUUCGGACAAACAUGCGAAUAUUGUCCGUUGGUAUGGGGUUGACCAGGACGAGCAUUUCAUCUAUAUUUCACUGGAACGGUGCGCUUGUAGCUUAGGCGAUCUCAUACAUGAAUCCUCUGGACUGCUUGACAAUCCAACGGCUUCAAGUAGUAUACAUUCGAUUCAGAUAAACCCAACCUUUGACAAAGGAGUUGAAUUAUGGAAAGAAAAUGGACAUCCUUCUCCUGUUUUGUUGAAGCUAAUGAGGGAUGUAGUUGCUGGUCUAGUUCACUUGCAUGAUAUUGGAAUCGUACACCGAGAUCUAAAGCCUCAAAAUGUGUUGAUUGUUAAAGACUCAUCUCUAUGUGCAAAGCUAUCAGAUAUGGGUAUAAGCAAGCGCUUGCCUGCUGACACAAGUGCCUUGACUAGAAACUCAACUGGUUCUGGAAGUUCUGGGUGGCAAGCACCUGAGCAACUCCGCAACGAAAGACAAACAAGAGCUGUUGAUCUCUUUAGUUUAGGGUGUGUUCUCUUCUUCUGUAUGACUGCAGGCAAACAUCCUUACGGAGACAACUUCGAGAGGGACAUAAACAUUUUGAACGACCGUAAAGAUCUCUUCUUGAUCGAGUCUCUUCCUGAAGCUGUUCAUCUUCUCUCUGGUCUCCUUCACCCUGAUCCAAAUUUGAGACCUGGAGCACAACAAGUCCUGCACCAUCCAUUGUUCUGGAACUCGGACAUGAGACUGUCUUUCCUCCGAGAUGCGAGCGACAGGGUGGAGUUGGAAAACAGAGAAGAAGGGUCACAGCUCUUGGCCGCGCUUGAGAGCACAUCAGCGGUUACUCUAAACGGACGUUGGGAUGAGAAACUGGAUAGCAUAUUCCUAGACAACAUCGGACGUUACAGGCGGUACAGGUUUGACAGCAUCCGAGAUUUGUUGCGAGUCAUAAGGAACAAGAUGAAUCACUAUAGAGAGCUUCCUGGAGAGUUACAGGAACUUCUUGGGAGUGUACCUGAAGGGUUUGAUAGGUACUUCUCAAGCAGGUUCCCAAAGCUGUUGAUUCAGGUCUAUACAGUUUUAUUUGAUUACUGUCACAAUGAAGAGUUCUUCUUCAAGUAUUCUAAGACCACUGUGUUCUAA